AUGUCCUUCUCCGGACGUCGCGUAAGCAUCUUGCGUCCUACCGACAGCAGACGUUUCUCUGUUGGCAAGCAGCUGUCGGAAAACGAAAGCCGCUCCGAAACCCAUCGUCAAUUCCGUAGUGCCCACGAGGGUCACCGUCCCCACGCUGGUCUCGAUGCCACCCGUGCCUCUACUGGUGUUGUCUGGUGUACUGAGCGUGCCACCGAGCAUGGCUACGCUGAAGAUCCCUCUGGCUGGGCCAACCUAGGCCAGGGUGCCCCCGAGGCCGACGACGAGAUCGAGGGCAGUUUCCCCCGCCCGACGAGUAUCCCCAUCACCUCCGCUGCGCGUGAGUACGGCCCGACCGCUGGUAUCAAGCCUCUCCGAGCUGCUGUCGCCAGGCUGUACAAUGAGCACUACCGUCAGGGCAAGGCCAGCCAGUAUACCUGGGAGAACGUCUGCAUUGUGCCCGGUGGUCGUGCGGGGUUGAUCCGAAUUGCUGCAAUUCUGGGCAAUUCGUACCUGUCAUUCCCCAUUCCCGAUUACUCUGCGUACUCGGAGAUGUUGUCGCUGUUCAAGAACAUUGCCCCCAUCCCCAUGCCUCUGGCGCAAGAAGACCACUACCACAUCCACCCCGAUAAGAUCGCCGAAGAAAUCGCCCGUGGUACUUCGGUGCUUCUGACUUCCAACCCCCGUAACCCUACUGGUCACUUCGUGCCCAAUGACGAGCUGAAGCGCAUCCAAGAUAUCUGCAGAGAUCGUGCCACUUUGAUUCUGGAUGAGUUCUACGGUGGAUACAACUACACUACUGACUGCGAUGGUUCGACCAUCAGUGGUGCCGCAAACGUGGUUGACGUCAACAAAGAUGAUGUGCUUUUGAUUGACGGUCUCACCAAGCGUUUCCGUCUUCCUGGCUGGCGUAUCGCCUGGGUGGUUGGUCCCAAGGAAUUCGUUGAUGCCCUGGGUUCUGCCGGUUCCUACCUGGACGGUGGUGCCAACGCUCCUUUCCAGGAGGCGGCCAUCCCUAUGAUGGAGCCAUCGCUGGUGCGCGCGGAGAUGAAGGCCUUGCAGGUUCACUUCCGUGAGAAGCGAGACUUUGUCCUGAAGCGUCUCCAUGAGAUUGGAUUCCGUGUCCAGGACGUUCCCCAAGCCACUUUCUACAUCUGGCUCGAUCUGACCUCCAUCGAGCCUCCCCUCCCCAAGGAUGCCAACAUCUCCGACGGACUGAACUUCUUCAAUGCCCUCCUGUACGAAAAGGUCAUUGUGGUCCCCGGAAUCUUCUUCGAUCUGAACCCCGCCAAGCGACGUGACCUGUUCGACAGUCCUUGCCACCACUUUGUCCGUUUGAGUUACGGUCCCAAGAUGGAUGUCCUGAAGAAGGGUCUGGAUGGUAUCGAACGAGUGAUCCGCCGUGCUCGGGGUGAGCCUGCCGGCUGGGAGGAUGAGUAUCAUGCGCCAGCUACUAUGGUCCUGAAUCUCUAUCGCGUUCUCAACUCUACCGCCUUCAUCUUCCUGUCCUUCAUCCUCUUCUGCCUUAUUCUCCUGACCCCCGCCGACGCGAUCUACCAAUGCUACAAAACAAAGAACCUCAUUAGCAUCUUCUGCAUUGCUGGCGCAUACAUCAUCACUUUCGCACUAGCGAUUCUCAUUUACGCAACCCGAAUUUACACCAACCGCAGCGCCCUAACCGGAAUCCCCAAAUCAUGGAUCCCCGUCGAGAAGGAGGAUGUGGGCAAGAGCGUGCGACGACUGGUGAUGGAUAAUUUCGCCCGCAGCGCGAUCAUCGCAUACCAAGCGCGACCCAGGGAUACGGCUGCAGAUAAGGAUACUUUUGCUAACUACCAGAUGCUGGUGGUGGACCGCGAACGACCGCCUUGGGGCCACGUCGAGCAUCCCGGCUGGUCAUCGCCUUGCUCGGUGGAUUUACCGGAUCUUUCGUAUCGGACCGUGGUACAGGAACUGCCACAUCUGAUUGAAGCGAAGGCUGUAUCUCUUGCGCCGCCGGAUCCCUUUUUCUUCGCUGCGCAGGCCUUUUCCGCCAACGAACAGUCUAUCCCCGAUACGCAGGUCGUGGAGGUUCUGCAGCGACCGGCGUCGAUGGGGCUGCGAGAGUACCUGCAACACUUGACUUCGUUGAAUGUGGUCAACCCGCCGGAGGUUGGUGGGGAGUUUGUUGCUCUCUAUGAGCGCGCGCGAUUUUCCCCGCAUGAACUGCACGAGGCAGAAUUCCGCGAGCUGAUGCAUGUGUUUGCGGAGUUGCUGAGAGGGAUGAAAUCGCUUGAACCACAAAUGUUGGACGAAAUCCGGAGUAGUAGCUCUCGCGGCGACAGUGAGUCGGUUAUUGGGCCGUCGGAUGAAGAGGGAGAGACGGAUACGAUGGACUACAACGACGAUAGUGAGGCACUUUCCCGGGGCCGGAGUAAUAGUCUACGCCCUUCAAAUGCGUCGACAUGGGAGAAUCGAUCGCUUUACACGGCGCCGACGGGGCACAGUCCGACCGUGUCCAGAUAUCGAGAUCCACAGCACCAGACGCUGGCAAUUCCUCGGACACCAUCGAAUCGCUCACUCCGGCGAGUGCGAUCGAAUAUCUCGGGAAGUUCUGGAGGGAGCGUCAUUCAUUUGGUUAAUACCCACGGGCCGUCAGAUUUGCCCUACGCGAUAAAUUUUGGAGGCACAACGCCACAUAGAUAG